AUGCGCGUCUUUCUCCUUCCUGUAUCGACGCGUCGGACGCUUCUGUACGCCCAUCGGCUCAACGACGCUGCGCACCAGAGCUCAGGAUGGAUGGACAGGAUCCAGCUCAAGGCCGCGGCAACCUGGGCGGGCUGGGAACAGAAAGAGUCGGGCUGGCAAAAGACCAUUGUCAAAUAUGGCAACCAGGCUCUCCGGAAGAUACCAUAUGAGGAGUGGGGGCUCAAGUCUGUCCCGCCGCUGUCCACGAAGCGUGCAGACGACGAGCUCAAGGGCAGCGACAAGGUGGAGGUCUACUUUCCCAAGACCCUGAUACAGUCCAGCCAGGUUGAAGACGUGCUACAGAGGCUGAGCACAGAGCGAGAGGGUCUUCACCGAAGGAGGCUUUUAUGGUGCUUCAUAGGGAUGCCUAUCAGUGCCCCGUUCGCGUUGGUCCCAGUAGUCCCGAACAUACCCUUCUUCUAUCUCGUCUACCGGGCAUGGUCGCAUUGGCGUGCCCUGUCAGGUGGUAAACACAUACAAUUCCUCCUCAAAAAUCGCCUACUCAUCCAUAAGCCCUCCCCGAUCCUUGAUGAGGUGUACCUGAGACAGGAUCCCCCGCUUCCAUCGACGCCAGACCCCACGGUCGACCCCGGAGUACCCAAGAACGCCAACCCAAAAAUGCCCCAAGACGCCCAACCGAAAGGAGAAAUGAUGUUGUUGGAUCAGAGCAAUGGAAAGAAAAUGACUCAGGCUUUGGGCCUGCCACAGCUGGAGGUAGAGCUGGAGCGAGCAAUAUGGCAGGUCCAACAAGCCAUCCAUAAGCAGAACGCUGAGCGCGACGCUGCCGCCAAGAAGAAAGACGACCCAAAGUCGCAAUGA